AUGGUCGAGAUCAAAGGCGAAGUUGUCAAUCUUCAAGUCGGGCCUUUGAUGGUGCGAGGCACGGUUGGCCCAAAAGCGAUACUUGACUUCAUGUUGAAGCCCACAUCACAACAUCUGAUAAUCGACGGGCAGGUUAUUUUGUUUGACAUGAUGCUAGCGAUCUAUGUCAACGUCAAGGUGCUUCCGAAUCCAAAGUUUGAGCUCCACCUGUAA